UGUUCCGUGGAGGAGGAGGGCGAGGGAGUGUGCAGCCUUCAGCAGGCAGACCGUCAAGCGCAAAAAGACACAAGGCUCAUCCGCUCGCCUCCCCAUUGACGUCAGUCCGGUAUCACAUGAACCAGCAGCGGCCAAUCGGCGCGGCGCUGCCGGAGAGAGCUGGCUCCUUUACAGCAAGAUAGGGGAGGGAGACGGAAUAAAAGGAAACCGAGCCAGUGAGCCUGUAAUGAGCACAAACCCCUACAGAGGAAGCGAGACAAGCCGCAAUAGGAUCUUUAUUUCCUCUUCGUCCUUCUCCUCGCGUCUUUCUGGCGGUGGAUUUAUUCGUUUUGGCACCGAGGCGGCGGAGGGAAUGGAUAAUAAGGCCAUGGCGCUAACGUACUGAAGUCGCUCCUUUUUGGCAAGAACAGACUCGUUCAUGGAGCAAAAUGGCGGAUUGUUUACAGUGUAUCGUAAAAAAGGCUCCCCGUGUGGAUAUCCUGCCAUAAAACUACUCGAAGGCUCCUUGAGCGGCCUCGUCUCCAGUAAUUAGUCGGGUUCUAGCACCACUCGGUAGGUAGACACCCCCUCCCCCAGCACCAGCUCCAGCACGGCCACAAUAGACAUCGCUCAUUUUGAUACAUCUGCACCUACUGUACAUGUCGGUCUCCCCUCCUCGAUUAGGACCGCGGUGGGAUUACUAAAACAUGGAUUUCAACAGCACCGGGGGAGGCAACGAACUGCACAACAACCAGUUUUAUCAAUGCGAGGAGAGCAAGCCUCUACUGGGGGACAUGUCGGAGGGGAACAACAACGCCAAAGUGGGCGCCGGGCCGUGUAAGCGCAGCCUGCAGCAACACUGCAGCAGCAGCGGGAUGCGCUACAAGCUGCUCCACGAAGGGGACAUCCAGGUGUGCGUGGUCAAACACCCACGCACCUUCCUCAGCAAGAUCCUCACCUCCAAGUUCUUGCGGAGAUGGGAGCCGCAUCACCUCACGCUCACAGACAGCAGCCUGACCUCGGCCACCCCUACUGGUUACAUGGAGACGUCGUUGUCCUACAGCUCCAUAGAGGACCUGCAGCUCCUUUCAUGGGACAAUGCACCAAAGUACUGUGUCCAGCUAAGCUUUCCUGGUGGCACUGUCCUGCUGCAGGCCGCUAACAGCUACUUAAGGGACCAGUGGUUUCACUCCUUACAAUGGAAGAAAAAGAUCUACAAAUAUCGAAAGGUGUUGAAUAAUCCAAGUCGCUGGGAUGUAGUACUGAAGGAGAUCAGAGCACUAGUGGACAUGGCCCUGACCUCACCACUGCAGGAUGAGUCCAUCCACCAGGCCCCUCUACACAUCAUCUCCACUCUGCUAGCUGAGAACUCCAAUCUCAGCUCACAGGAUCAUGAGAACAUCAUUGUGGCUAUUGCACCUCUUCUGGAAAACAACCACCCACCCCCAGAUCUGUGCGAGUUCUUCUGUAAGCACUGCCGGGAGCGUCCACGUUCAAUGGUGGUUAUAGAAGUGUUCACUCCUGUGGUACAGAGAAUCCUCAAACACAACAUGGAUUUUGGAAAGUGCCCUCGACUGCGCCUGUUCACUCAGGAGUACAUUUUGGCUCUCAAUGAACUCAAUGCAGGAAUGGAAGUGGUCAAGAAGUUUGUUCACAGCAUGCACGGGCCAACAGGGCAGUGCCCUCACCCUCGUGUUCUGCCAAACCUGGUUGCAGUAUGUCUUGCUGCCAUUUACUCCUGUUAUGAGGAUUUCAUUAACAGUCGAGACAACUCUCCGAGCCUGAAAGAAAUCAGAAAUGGCUGCCAGCAACAGAAUGAUCGCAAGCCUCCAAUGCCACUCCGCCUGCUGCGCCCAGAGCCCCCGACGCCGCCUUCUGCCACCCUGCUCCAACUCUCCUCUAACCUUACUCCUCCUCAGCCACCGCCUCCUGUUCCUCCAAACCCUCCACCUUCAAUCCCCAUAUCGUCCCCAACACCCUCCCUUCCCCUCUCUCCAUCUCCGUCUGUGGUCAACUCCAGCGAGAUCCUGGUGGAGUUAGAACGCAACAACAACUCUGCCAACACAAAGCGAAAGCCAGACGCCAAUAGUGAACCCAACCUCAUUGACUGUCUGCUGGUCAGCCCGGCUGUCAACACUCUGUCCAUUCAGCUGCCAGCGCAGGCUGACCGGGUGCUUGGCUGCUUUGCUCUUAUCCUCAAGAUGCUGUCUGAUUAUGAUGACUGGAGACCUGCGCUGGCCAGCCUGUUGCAGCCCAUUCCUUUUCCUAAAGAGGCCCUUGCACAUGCCAAAUUUACAAAGGAACUAAAAUACGUAAUUCAGAGGUUUGCACAGGAUCCAAGGCAAGAGGUCCAUUCUUGUCUACUCAGUGUGCGUUCUGGAAAAGAUGGCUGGUUUCAGCUUUAUAGUCCAGGAGGCGUGGCCUGCGAUGACGAUGGAGAGCUGUUUGCCAGUAUGGUCCAUAUCUUGAUGGGCUCUUGCUAUAAGACCAAGAAGUUCCUCCUCUCUUUGGCUGAGAACAAGCUGGGCCCUUGCAUGCUAUUGGCUUUGCGUGGGAACCAGACAAUGGUGGAGAUUCUAUGUCUGAUGCUGGAGUACAACAUCAUCGAGAACAAGGACACCCAGCUGCAGAUCAUCUCCACCCUGGAGAGCACCCAAGUGGGCCUGCGUAUGUACGAACAACUCUGCGACCGACAGCGAGAACUCAAAGAACUGCAAAGAAAAGGAGGCCCCACCCGCCUGACUCUUCCUUCCAAGUCCACGGAUGCGGAUCUUGCUCGCCUGUUGAGUUCAGGUUCUUUUGGGAACCUGGAGAAUCUCAGCCUGGCCUUCACCAACGUCACCAGUGCCUGUGCCGAGCAGCUCAUCAAGCUGCCUUCGCUUAAACAGCUUAACCUGUGGUCCACUCAGUUUGGAGAUGCAGGAUUGCGGUUGUUAUCAGAGCACUUGGCCUGUCUUCAAGUGCUGAACCUGUGUGAGACCCCCGUCACUGAUGCUGGUUUACUGGCUCUCAGCUCCAUGAAGAGUUUGUGUAGUCUGAACAUGAACAGCACCAAGCUUACAGCUGACACCUACGAGGACCUCAAGGCCAAACUGCCCAACCUAAAAGAUGUGGAUGUUCGGUACACAGAAGCCUGGUGAUGGACCCCCCUCACAUAGCACGUACGGGUAACCAGACUCUCACUAGAACUGAAAGCAGGUUAUGUUCGCCAGGUGUUUGUCGCCAUCAUCAAAGCAGGAUCUCGGACACCAAUCAUCACACAGGGAGAAACGGCUUGCUUUUGAAGUGUAAACCUCCCAUUUUCUUAAAGUAAGAAAGCUUUAUGGACCUUGUCGCUCCCCUUCUCACUGUUGCCGAUGUAUAACGGACCUUUUUUGCUAAUUUGACGAGACGACGUUUAAGGACCUUGUAACAAAAGAUAUAAUUUUAGCUCCAUCGUCCAACUGUUUUUAUCUAUCUCGUGAUGAAGCGCUUACAUUCCAGCUCUUCUCCACUCUGAUCUAAGAUGUAGCGAUCCAAUCAAUUCGACCUUGCACCCUUCAAUUCAAGUCCGACUUUGUUUGGGGAACGGUGCUGCCUUUUUUUUUCCUGUUCCGUAUCUACAGAGACACACGCAGACACACACAAAAACGGUCUGUACCUGCUUAAAUGAACAUAUUUUUCCAGGCCUUCUGCGCUUUCAUAUAUUGUGUGUUUAUAUGUAGAUGAAUGUCAGUAAUGACAUUUGAGAAUGAUCUUUGUAGGAGAACUGAACAGUGACAGCAAAAUCUGCCCCUUUUUAAGUUGUUAGUGUACAUUCUGAUUCAUAUUUAGUAGGACUUCUGUGUAGCAGUAGCUGGGUGGUCUGGGACUGCCUCUUAUUUAUAAGCCUCUAAUACUCUGUUGGAUGUAAUCCUGGCGGGGAAGAUGUACACAGACUCUGUUCUUUCUUUGCUUCUUUUGGACACUUCACACACAAAGCCAACCUCUCUGUACUUUGCUACUAUGCUAUGGUGGUCGCAUGGACUUGUUCAUGUCCACCUCGAAACCAGCUAAGAGUUUGUGUGCUUUGUAUUUUGGCCCUACACGGAGAAAAGGGACACUCGCCAAACAUCAAACCUGAUUUUGUUGCAUCAAGCCAACACAAGUGUCUGACAUCUUGUGUACGUUGGAAGUCUUGUGACCGCUGACUCUUUCCUGUGUUGUAUUUCAUCAUUUCUAAUCAAAAUGUCGAGACACAACUCAUGUAUAUAUUAUAAAUGUGGGCUAUCAAAGAAAAACUGUUUUUUUCUCCAUCAACAUUCCCUCAUUUAAAUGUAGUAACCGCCCUGACGCACUGAAGCCAGUCAGGUUAACCUGCUUCUCACACCCAUUUUGCUCUAUAUGACCUUUUUCAUUUGGUUUGUGCCACCUGCAGAAAGCUCCAGGUUGUCGAAGCCGUCCACUGCGAGAUAUUUACUUUCCUAUUUAUUGGCUGCCCCGCGGUUUUCUGUUUGGUCAGUAGAUUUCGGGCAAUUUCUGGGACUGGGUCAAAAUUUAGGACCUGGUGAUAAUUUUCAUAUCCUGUAUAAUGUACAUAGAAUUGUAUAUAGUCUCUCUUUUACUAUGUUUAAGCCCUUUUUCUUUGUCAUCUUCUUUUCUGUACUGGUUUUUGUCCUCCUCUCAUUGGUAGGCCCAUGUUGCCUUGGUUUUUUGCAAAGUGUGUGUGUGUGUGGUCGUUUUGUUGUUUCACACAAAGUGCACUGUAAUCUAAAGGAUGUGUUUUAAGGCAUACUAUUUUUUAGCUUUAUUGAUUUGAUGAUUACAUGAAUUAGACGUGUCGGUUGUGUUUUGUUGGUAUUGUUUUUCAGGUUUAUUUUGUAUGUCUCUAAUAUUUUACUGGUGGUUUGAAACCGUGAUUUAAAGGGCCUGAUCACUAUCUGAAUGGAAAAAUCUGGUUUCCAGGAGCCGCUCGUAAGAUCUUGUCAUAAUUGGUACAGUCAAGCUGAGACUGUACUUACUCAUUUGUACUAUUAGCUGAGACUUGACAAAACACGAUGACCACUCUAUUUAUUAAAAGCAUUUCCUUCAACAAAAGUGCUGUAAAACUGCUGCCCGACUAUUUCAGGAGCUCCAUCUUCAAUGGCCAAAUGUCCUUCAAUUGCUGUACUUGUGUUUACAAUUUCAUGUUUUGUCUUGAUUGAUAACCACUGUCACAUUUGUACGCUACAUGUGGACCUAUUAUUCAUUUUGAACAACUAGAAAAUAGAGAGCUGAUUGGUGCAAAUCUAUGACAAAAUCUCAGGAAAUGCAUGGAGGAAAUAAAAGUACAGUGGUACCUCAACUUAGGAGCUUAAUGGGUUCUGUGACAGACCUCUUUACUCAAAACUCUUGUAUCUGCUUGCCCCUCUCGAACAUCACAAUUUUAAGAUCUAACAUGACUUUUGGAGAAUUAAUACUGUAUAAAAAGUUCAAUAUAAUGUACUACUAACAAUUACAAUAGUUUUAUGAAGUAAUGUAAUAAUAAUGUACAACAUUUACCUUGGAGAGUAGACUUCUACGGUAUCUCCUUCUAGCCACCUUUCUGUCAAACACCAUCAGCAGCUGUUUCUGUCAAACACACCAUCAGCAGCUGUUUCAUAUUUUCAUGGAUACAUGUCUACCGCUUAGAUAUUAUUUUAACAUUCUUGGUUGGCGUUAGACUCAUUUUGCUUCAGUAGGGUGCAGACUAGCACUGCUAAGCUCAAAUUACUUUGCCAAGAUGGCGACACGCUCAGUCAUGUUUUUGAUGAUUUGUUUUUUUUUUUAAUCGAUUAAUACCAUCUACUUCUUUUGCUCAACACUGUCCUUCACACUCAAUGUUUUCCUUCCCAUUGUUGAAAAACAAAGUUGUGUCGAUCUAAUGCUAACGAGUAAGAUCAGACGUUUAGAUCGGCUCUUAAAGGCUUCACUGUGACAUUUGCUAUGCCAACUAAUGGAGGGGAUGCUUGUACUCAGUUGUUUGCUUGCAACUUAAAGCAUAGCAAUUAGCCAAAAGACAGCUCUUAUCUCAAAACACUAAGCGCCUGAUUUACUAAAAUCCUAAUACCGCGCACUAGACAAAACGGGCAAUCUAUAAAAUAGCGUGUACUAUUCGUGGGUGUGUUGUGUGUGAUUUACUAACACUGCGUGUGCAAUUGCAAAGUGGUGCAGACCGCCUUCUUUGAUAACAUGUACUAGAGGUGGGGGAAAUGAUAGAUUUUUUUUUUAUGCAUCGCCAUUCAGACAUGGACGAUUAUAAAAUCGAUUAGUAUACAUCAAUAAUUGAUAACCGAUUUAUUUUAUUGUAAAUAAAGUAACGCAGACAUUUCUGACUGCAAAGAUCCACCUCACCGAGAGAUCCGACCAGCUCCAUUACUAUCGGGCUCUUAAGGUCCAGUUUUGCUCACAUAUCAAUGAAGUGAAUAAAAGUGAUGGAAAUUUCUUAUUACAAAUGCACUGUUUUUAAAAGUUGCAAGUGGUAAACGCUUAUUUAGUGAAACCUAAAGAAAUGUAAAACUGUGUCAAUACACGUAGAUUAGAAACGCAUCAAUAAUCAAUUUUUAAUCGCAUCGUAGCUCCUGAAUCGGAAUCGUAACAGAAUCGUGAGGUGGCCAAAGAGUCCCCCCUCUAGCAUGUACUAUACAGGGCAUCACCACGGAUACACUCUCAUUUACUGCACAUUCAUGUUAUCAGGCUGCUACAGCACCUGCAGCGUUUUGCUGUGUUUUUAAACAAGCAUGAGAUAUGUGCACUUUAGAAGCAGUCUUGUGGUGUAUUUACUGUACACUGGCACCACUUGUUUUUUUGUUUUUUUUUACAGCUGAAGGUGCGGUCAUUAGGGAGAGGCUGCACAUUGCUCUGCUCAAAAUGCAAAAAAAUUAUACUUAAAUCUAGAGAUGUCCGAUAAUAACGGCCUGCCUAUAUUAUCGGCCGAUAAAUGCUUAAAAUGUAAUAUCGGAAAUUAUCGGUAUCAUUUUUUUUUUAUUAUCAGUAUUGGGUUUUUUUUUUUAAAUUAA